GGAGGGUCAACAUGGCGUCCGAACAGGAGAGCUCCAAUGGGCCAGUGAAGAAAUCCAUGCGAGAGAAGGCCAUAGAAAGGCGCAGUAUCAACAAGGAACACAACAGUAAUUUUAAAGCUGGCUAUGUACCCAUAGAAGAAGAGCGUCUUCAUAAGACAGGGCUGAGAGGACGCAAGGGAAACAUGGCUGUUUGCAUCAUCGUCCUCCUCUUCCUCCUUGCCCUAAUUAACCUCAUUAUCACACUUGUGAUAUGGACAGUGAUCCGUAUUGGUCCGAAUGGCUGUGACAGCAUGGAGUUCCAUGAGACUGGCCUGCUGCGCUUCAAACAGAAGGCGGACAUGGGCAUCGUUCACCCACUGCACAAGAGCACAGUGGGAGGUCGUAAGGACCAGGACCUGGUCAUCGUUGGCAACAACAACCCGGUUGUGUUCCAGCAGGGCAGUUCUAAGCUGAGCGUAGAAAAGGACAAGACCUCAGUCGUCAGUGACGUUGGCAUAUCCUUCACAGACCCUCGCACCCAGAACACUUUCUUCAGCACAGACUUUGAAAACCAUGAGUUCCAUUUGCCCAAAGGAGUCAAAGUCCUCAGUGUGAAAAAGGCCUCCACAGAAAGGAUCACCAGCAGUGCAGCGUCUGACCUGAACAUCAAAGGGGACAGCAAGGCCAUUAUCCGUGGUAACGAGGGGGUCAACAUCAUGGGCCGGACUGUAGAGUUCAAAAUGGGUGGAGGCAUCGAGCUCAGGGCUGAAAACAGCAUCGUCCUCAAUGGGUCAGUCAUGUUCAACGCCACACGCAUCCCUAACUCCGCAGGAGAUGUGUAUUUCGAUGAGGGUCUGGAGAGGUACAAGCUCUGCAUGUGUGCAGAUGGGACUCUGUUCCGUGUGCAGGUGAAAUAUCCCAACAUGGGCUGCCAGACAUCAGACAACCCGUGCAGGAAAGCUCAUUAGGCGUCUGGACUGGAAUCUGCUGAUUACAAAUUUGCAUAUAUAUAUAGGACAUUCUAUAGGAAAUUCAUCAUGACUUGCACAUAAUAAUACCUCUGUAGUUCACCUGGCAAAUUCUGUAUUCCUUAUUUUGUUUGCAAAGCAGGAAUUGUGUUACAGAUCGUUACCACUUGGCCAAAGAUAUUAACAUAUACGUGCUGAAGUAUUUUUAUUGUUCUGCAGAUUUGCCAACUUUAUCUGAAAGUGUAUUGUGCCAUGUAAGCACAUAGCACUUAUAUUUAACAUUAUACUGUGGUUUACAUCGCCCAUUGGCAGCAAUUAGAAGCUACAGUAUUACAUUUUUGCCUUACCGUCCAGUGUUACUAAAAUACACUCAGAUGGCAGUUUAUUAGGUACGCCUAGCUAAAAACAUUACAACAGUCCUGCCAUAAAUCCUCUCCUGGUGAAGGUUAUAAUGUUCAGUUUGUAUUGAAAUAGUUGUAGAGAGGCGUUGAUUCAACUGUGUGAUCAUUCAGGAGGAUGUAGUCUGUGGUGCUACUGUAUUAUAUUUAGCCCUACUCUCAUUAAUAUAAAUGGGGUGGACAAAAUAAUAGAAACACCUGUCUGUAUAAUGCAUUACAAUUCAACAGCACCACAAACUGCAGCCUCCAGAAUUACUAUAAAGUUGAAUCAACAUCUCUCUGAGAAUGAACAUUACAACCCUCAUGAAGGAGGAUUUCUUACAGGAUUGUUAGACAAUUCGAGUAGAGAGUAGACUUUAAAAAACACACAUAUACACAACAAAGAACACACAACCAGCGCAACACAAACUGUCCACUAUAAGAAAAAAAACAAACAAUGACAAUGACAUGAAGAAACAACAUAAAAAACCUUGCCACAAAUACGUUAGGACAGAAAAAUAAGCAGCCAAACACAGUCUCUCCACAAGCAGCAACCCCGAAAGUACAGUAGUAGUUUUAGCUAGGUGUUCCUAACAAACUACCAACUGAGCGUACAGACCACGUAGAGGGAUUGUAUAUGACUUUAUUUGCUAUUCUUUGUUACUGGCAGCUGUGUUUGAUAUUUUCUUUAUUAUUUUCACUGACUAAAGUAAGACACUACAAGAUUAUAUUGAGUUAUGCGACACUUGCUGAUGAAAUGCACAAAAUCUGGGUUGAACUGUAAAACUAAAUAUACAUUUUAAGCCAUUCAGUAAUGCUACAGUAGAAUAGGUCUCUUUCUGCACAUCUUCGACUGUCCAUCUUGCACGUGCCAAUGGAUUUACAAGGGAUGAUAUAUGAGAAAUUACACACACACACACGUACACAUACAUAGAUAUAUAUAUAUAUAAAAUAUUCUAAUUUUGUUGCAAAAGCUUUUUUACAGUGAGAUAGAGUGUUUGCACUAAGUUAAACUCCAGAUUAAUGCAGAUCUCUUUAAAUGUUCAUGAAUGUCAGGAAAGUUUAAAUCAUCAGUAGCUUGGUUUGACGCUUAUAUUGAGUGGUUUGAAUUUUUGUGCAAUAUAGUCUAUAAUUGAUUUGACUUUUAUUUUGCCUUGGAUUGUCUUGUCUGUUUUAUAACAGUACUGAUGUUGAGAAUAUUUGUUAUUAAUGUCAUGAUGUAGUUUUUCUCAGAGCGUCACAGCCUGUUGUGAAAGAAUGGAGUGUUUAUGAUCCACUAAAUGGAAAAAAAAAAAAAAAAA